AUGGGGAACUCGCUGUCUUGUUGCCUGUCCCCCAAUGCCUGCCGCAAGUUGGGCCGGCGCAGGGGGUCAGCGGAGCCGGACUGCGAGUCUGAGCUCCGGCGGCGGCUACCGUGGAACCCGCCGAGUUGGAUUUCGCAGGUGGCGAAGGCCACCACCUGCAGCACGUCAGCGACCGGGAGAUGCCCGAAGAAUGCAGACCCAAAGCAGCUUCCUCAAGACCCAGUUGGCCAUCCCAUCAUGCAUCUGUCUGGUAUUAAGCAUGCCACAGGUGAAGCCAUCUACUGUGAUGACAUGCCUGCAGUGGACCGGGAGCUGUUCUUGACUUUUGUAACAAGCUCAAGAGCUCACGCUAAGAUUGUGUCUGUGGAUCUGUCAGAAGCUCUCAGCCUGCCAGGUGUGGUGGACAUCCUGACUGAGGAACAUCUUCAUGGCAUCAACUCCUUCCGCCUUUUAACCAAACCUGAGAAACUUCUAUCGACAGGUGAGGUAUUUUGCGUGGGUGAGCUUGUCUGUGCCGUGAUUGCUGAUUCCGAGGUUCAGGCAAAGCGAGCUGCGCAGCGAGUGAAGAUUGUCUACCGAGAUUUGGAGCCGCUGAUCCUGACCAUCGAGGAGGCUAUACAACACAAGUCCUUCUUCGAGCAAGAAAGGAAACUGGAGUAUGGAAAUAUUGAUGAAGCAUUUAAAAUGGUGGAUCAAAUUCUUGAAGGUGAAAUACACAUGGGAGGUCAAGAACAUUUUUAUAUGGAAACCCAAAGCAUGCUUGUUGUUCCCAAAGGAGAGGAUCAAGAAAUUGAUGUCUACGUGUCCACACAGUUUCCCAAAUACAUACAGGACAUAGUUGCUUCAACCUUGAAGCUCCCAGCUAACAAGGUCAUGUGUCACGUAAAGCGUGUUGGCGGGGCUUUCGGGGGGAAGGUGAUGAAAACUGGCAUCAUGGCAGCCAUCACCGCAUUUGCUGCAAACAAGCAUGGUCGUGCAGUCCGCUGCAUUCUGGAACGAGGAGAAGACAUGUUAAUAACUGGAGGCCGCCACCCUUACCUUGGAAAGUAUAAAGCUGGAUUCAUGAACGAUGGCAGAAUCUUGGCCCUGGAUGUGGAGCAUUAUAGCAAUGGAGGUGCCUCCCUGGAUGAGUCAUUACUUAUGAUAGAGAUGGGACUUCUGAAAAUGGAAAAUGCCUACAAGUUUCCCAACCUGCGCUGUCGGGCAUGGGCGUGCAGAACCAACCUUCCGUCCAACACGGCUUUGCGAGGGUUUGGCUUUCCUCAGACAGGGCUGAUCACCGAAUCCUGUAUUACGGAAGUUGCAGCCAAAUGUGGGUUGUCUCCUGAGAAGGUCCGAACGAUAAACAUGUAUAAGGAAAUUGAUCAAACACCCUACAAACAAGACAUUAAUGCCAAGAACCUGAUCCAGUGUUGGAAAGAAUGCAUGGCCAUGUCUUCCUACGCCCUAAGGAAAGCAGCCGUAGAAAAAUUCAACUCAGAGAAUUGCUGGAAGAAGAAGGGGCUGGCAAUGAUCCCCCUGAAGUUUCCUGUCGGCCUUGGAUCAGUUGCUGCUGGUCAGGCUGCUGCCCUGGUUCACAUUUAUCUAGAUGGGUCUGUGCUGGUGACUCAUGGUGGAAUUGAAAUGGGGCAGGGGGUCCACACUAAAAUGAUUCAGGUGGCCAGUCGUGAAUUAAGGAUGCCAUUGUCCAACAUCCACCUUCGGGGAACAAGCACAGAAAUCGUCCCUAAUGCAAACAUCUCUGGAGGUUCCGUGGUGGCUGAUCUCAAUGGGUUGGCAGUAAAGGAUGCUUGUCAAACUCUUCUAAAACGCCUUGAAUCCAUCAUCAGCAAGAAUCCUGGAGGCACUUGGAAGGACUGGGCACAGGCUGCUUUUGAUGAAAGCAUUAGUCUUUCAGCUACUGGAUACUUCAGGGGUUAUGAGUCGAACAUGAACUGGGAGACGGGCGAAGGCCAUCCUUUCGAAUACUUUGUUUAUGGAGCUGCCUGUUCCGAGGUUGAGAUAGACUGUCUGACAGGUGCUCAUAAGAACAUCAGAACAGACAUUGUCAUGGAUGUUGGCUGCAGUAUAAAUCCGGCCCUUGACAUAGGCCAGAUUGAAGGUGCAUUUAUUCAAGGCAUGGGACUUUAUACAAUAGAGGAACUGAAUUAUUCUCCUCAGGGGGUCCUGUACACUCGGGGCCCAAACCAAUAUAAGAUCCCUGCCAUCUGUGACAUCCCCACGGAGUUGCACGUUUCUUUGUUGCCUCCGUCUCAAAACUCAAAUACCCUGUAUUCGUCUAAGGGUCUGGGAGAGUCUGGGGUGUUCCUGGGGUGUUCGGUGUUUUUCGCCAUCCAGGACGCGGUAAGUGCAGCACGACAGGAGAGAGGACUGUUUGGACCGUUGAAGCUCAAUAGUCCACUGACCCCAGAGAAGAUUAGAAUGGCCUGUGAAGACAAGUUCACAAAAAUGAUUCCAAGAGAUGAACCUGGAUCCUAUGUUCCUUGGAGUGUACCCAUAUGAAUCAAAUACAAACCUCUGGCGAAGAUGGGGUGGCUCUUCCAACAAAGCAAUCUAUCCAGUCUCAAUGCUCUAGGAUGAUGGGUCUGAAAGACAAAUUUUCAUAGUUCAGAAAUCAUUUCACAGAGUAUUGCUUUUAUAGGAUGCUGAUUUUAAAUGUUCCAUUUGGAAUUUGGUAGAUAUGCUUAAGCAAUUUAGAAAUCAUAUUUUAAAUGGCAUAAAUGCUAACUGGUUUCCUCUAGAAUGGUAUUCUUUAUUAUUCUGUCCCUUAAAUCCAUCCAGCUGAAUGGAAUGGAAGAUGAUGGUUUGUAUGUGAUUCAUAGUUGGCUUGUAUCCACCAACAGAAAUUAUACUGUCUAGUGAAAGGCAAUUUUCUAAAUAACUUUAUUAGUAUGAACUGUAAA